UUUUCUUUACUCUUUAUACGUUGAAGCCGAUGAAAUGAUCUCUAUAUAACUGGAAACCAAGACAACAAGAAUCCAGAGAGAGUGAGAGAGAGAGAUGGAAGUGUAUUGUGUAACGGGAGGAACAGGGUUGAUGGCUGCAUACCUAGUGAAGACCUUGCUAGAGAAGGGCCAUACUGUGAGAACAACAGUGCGAGACCCAGAGGAUGUGAGAAAGGUUGGUUAUCUCUGGGAGUUCAAUGGAGCCAAGGAGAGGCUUAAGAUCAUGAAAGCAGAUUUAAUGGUGGAAGGAAGCUUUGACGAGGCAGUACAAGGGGUUGACGGUGUCUUUCAUACUGCAUCCCCCGUUCUGGUUCCCUACGACAACAACAUUCAGGCAACUCUGAUCGAUCCAUGCAUAAAGGGCACCUUGAAUGUGCUGAGCUCCUGCUCAAAAGCGAGCACAACUGUGAAAAGAGUUGUUCUCACAUCUUCCUGUUCUUCAAUAAGAUACCGUGAUGAUGCCCAGCAGAUUUCCCCUCUGAAUGAAACACAUUGGAGUGAUCCCGAUUACUGCAAACGCCACAACCUUUGGUAUGCAUAUGCAAAGACUUUAGCUGAGAAAGAAGCUUGGAGAAUGGCUGCGGAAAGUGGGAUGGAUCUGGUGGUAGUGAAUCCAUCUUUCGUGGUUGGUCCCCUGCUUCAACCACAACCAACCAGCUCACUUCUCCUAAUAUUGGCCAUAAUUAAAGGUGCCAGAGGUGAAUAUCCAAAUACAACGGUUGGAUUCGUUCACAUAGACGAUGCCAUUGCCGCACACAUCUUAGCUAUGGAGGAAAAGAAAACAUCUGGAAGGCUUAUAUGUUCAGGCUCGGUGGCUCAUUGGUCCCAAAUCAUUGAGAUGCUGAGGGCCAAGUAUCAUUCAUACCCAUUUGAAAACAAGUGUGGCAGCAACGAAGGAGACAGCAAUCCACAUAGCAUGGACACCACUAAGAUUACUCAAUUAGGGUUUCCUCCAUUCAAGACCCUUGAUCAAAUGUUUGAUGACUGCAUCAGAAGUUUCCAAGAGAAAGGAUUUCUGUGAAGAACAUGAUAGUGUCUUCUGCAAGAUUUUCUUAGCCUUCAAUGAUGCACACCAUUGACCUGUUAUGACAUGGAUUUUGUUUAUGAAAUUCCCAGUAAUAAAAAUAAAGAUUUCAAUAAAAGAGAAAAUUAAAAGAAAUUAGUUUGGAUUGAGUCACAGAAA